UUGACUUCUCUUUUACGCUAAAAAUGGCAGCAGUGUCAGUUUGAAGAGGACACUGAAUUUUCCCAGGAUUUCCCCUGGAUGACCUCGACUCCCCCCCUCGAUGACCAAUUAUGGCUUGCAGUCAACAUACGAUUUUCCGGGGCUAAACAGUAUUGCAAAUUGUCCUUUUCAAGCCUGAACACCGGCUGGAAUCCCGAAAACUUUAAAAUAAUAAGUAAAAAAUAUGGAAAUAUCAAAAAGACCUAGAAUGGAUUACGAUGAUGUACCAUUAGAUCUGAGUACAAAGAAAAAUUCAACGAAUGAAAGAAAAAAUGAAGAGACUGAUUUAAUACGCUCGAACAAACUUAGUGACAAUGACAUUUUUGUUGUUCCAAAAGUUCCGCCGCAAAGCAUUAGCAUUUCUGAUAAACUAUUAGCCUCUGAAUGUGCACUUUCCCAAAAACUCAGAUACAUCAAUUUCAAUUUCCCUGUCGAAUAUGUCUACAAUCCCAUAGAAUAUGCGUUUCAAGUUCAUGCUAUGUAUGUUACAAAGUACUGUCGUUCUACCAAAAAAAUCCUGUUUCUUGGCAUGAAUCCUGGACCCUGGGGCAUGUCGCAGACAGGUGUGCCAUUUGGUGAAGUGAACAUUGUAAGAGACUGGUUAAAAAUUUUUGGCCAUAUUGGCAAACCGAUACGUGAACAAGCAGACAGACUGAUAACUGGCUUUAAAUGCACACGUAGUGAGAUUAGCGGUCGAAGAUUUUGGAACUUGUUUCGAGAACUAUGUAAUGGAGAUCCUGAAAAAUUUUUCAAACAUGCAUUCUUGCACAAUUACUGUCCAAUUGCUUUGAUGGAUGCUGGAGGUCGUAACAUCACUCCUGCGGAAUUAAAGGGUCCUGAGCAGUAUACAUUAUAUUCAGCUUGUGACGAAACAUUGGUGUCUGUAUUGAAGUUACUAAAAGUUGAGAUUGUCUUGGGUGUUGGAAGGUUUGCAGAAAAAAGGGCACAAACUGUAAUCAAGACCACUGGUCUUCCAAUCAAGGUAUUGUGCAUCCCUCAUCCGAGUCCCCGGUCAGUAGGUAAUGAAAAUUGGAAUGAAAAAGCUAAACUUAAACUCAGAGAGUAUAACUUAAUGGAAUACUUUGCUAAUUGAAUUUUUCUAAUGCUAUAUAACGUAAGAUUAAAAUAUUUCGAUUUUGAAGUAUUUUAUCAAACAAUUGCAAAAGAUCUCAUAUAAAUUUACAGUUUUAUUUUGUUAUGUAAAAACUUUUAGUAAUUAUUUUACUAUAUACUUGUUGCAUCUUUUUUACUAAUGCAUAUGUAUCUAAGCUCUAAAAUGAAUGCUGUUGAAUGGAUGGAUAAAGCUCUAGAAAAGGCAGAGGAAUCUUUGAAGAAAGGUGAAGUUCCUGUUGGUUGUUUAUUUCUUUAUGAAAAUAAAAUUAUCGCAACUGGUAGCAAUACUGUAAAUGAAACACGAAACGCCACUCGCCAUGCCGAGCUAAAUUGUAUUGAUGAUGUACUAGUCUUCUGCCAAAAAAAUAAUUAUAAUUAUAAGGAAGUUUUUAAAAACAUCGACGUUGUAGUAACUGUAGAACCGUGCAUAAUGUGUGCUGCAGCACUUCAUCAGCUCCAAAUUCGUAGUAUAAUAUAUGGCUGUGCCAAUGAUAGAUUUGGAGGUUGUAAAAGUGUUUAUGAGGUAUCUAAAGUUUAUGAAUCUAAAAUAAAUGUAGUAGGUAAUGUUAAGGGAGAGGAAGCAAUGCAAUUACUUAAAGACUUUUAUAAGGGUACAAAUCCAAAUGCACCAGAAGCAAAAAAAGGGCGUAAGAAGAAAGUGGACAAUAAAUGAAUAAAAUUUGUUGAAGAAGCUGAUCAGUUUUAGUACUUGUUAAAAAAUAGUUUUUUUUUUUAAUCUAUUUAUGAUUCAUGGUUAAUGAUUCACAUUUUAUUACCACAGACUUAAAUACUUGUGUGUUGAGCAUUGAAAAUUGUUUAUACUGUAUAACAAAAGAAAAAGUAUGGAUGGAAUUUUAUUGCAUUCAUUGCAAGCUUUUUCAACAAAUCUAAAUUCAAAUUUGAUAUUGUAUGAAUAGUCCAAAAUAUUUCUUCUUGGCACAUUGUUGCUUGUAACACAUAUUAUAUUAUGUCAUAGAAUAAUUUAAGUACAUGAUAACUUCUUUAAGUUACACUUAUUUUUUAAUAUACAUAUAAUUUAUAAAGAUUUUAUAACGCAUCGAUGUAUGUACAUUUUGUAAAUUGAAUAAACAAAGUUAAAUUUA